AGGCGGGGAGAGAACUUACACAGGCUGUGGAGCAAACGGGGGCGUGGCUUGUGUAAAUGGGCGUGCCGUGGAGGAAGGCGGUGCCUGGUCUCCGUUGGCAACAUGUGUGGCCGGCAGGGGGCCCUGCGCCGUUGCGUAAGCAGCGUAUUCCCGAAGCCUGGUCUUCCCCUCCCAGCUCCAGUGCAUUGCCGCGGCAUGAGAUCAGAGUGAGGACGCUCCGCUCUCAUUAUCGGCGGCUAUCUAUCCGUGCUCCGCCGGCAGGAUCCCGCACAUCGGACACGUACUGAGGGGGUCUGCCCGGGGCAGGAGCGCCAGACAUGGACGCCGGCAUGGAGAAGGAAUGCAGUGCGCUGGGAGGACUCUUCCAGACCAUUAUGAACGAUAUGAAGGCCAGUUAUCCCACCUGGGAAGAUUUCAUCAGCAAAGCUAUCAAGUUACAGUCACAGUUAAAAACUACAACAAUUGUAACCGGAUCCUUUUUGGAUGCUUUCCAGAAAAUAGCCGAUAUGGCCAUUAAUACAAGAGGAGCAACAAAAGAAAUAGGUUCUGCCCUUACCAGGAUGUGUAUGAGACACCGGAACAUAGAAUCCCGACUGAAGCAUCUAACAGUAGCCCUAAGUGACAGCUUAAUAAAUCCCUUAGAAACAAAAAUUGAGGAAUGGAAGAAAAUUGCAAGCCAGCUUGACAAGGACCAUGCAAAAGAGUACAAGAAGGCCCGGGCUGAGAUAAAGAAGAAGUCCUCUGACACAAUAAAGUUACAAAAGAAAGUGAAGAAAGGUAAAGAUGAUGCGCGCAUGCAGCUGGAUAGUGUUCUGCAGGAUGUGAAUGAUAAGUACAUACUACUUGAAGAAACAGAGAAAAGGGCUGUUUAUCGAGCUCUGGUAGAGGAACGAGGGCGCUUCUGUAUGUUCAUCUCUUUCCUGAAGCCUGUUUUGGACGAGGAGAUAGGCAUGCUGGGAGAAAUAACGCAUUUACAGACUAUCCUAGAAGACCUGACAAAUCUGACUGCUGAACCAAAUAAACUGCCCCCUUUGAGUGAACAGGUGAUACACGAUCUGAAGAACUCGGAUUACAAUUUCAUUUACCAAACCCCACCCGCUUCACCAAGUGGAACCUUAUCACGGAAGGCCAGCACCAACAGUAAUUACCUACAUGGAUCCAUAAGGCAUGUACCAUCAAUGGACUCCAUCUCAAGUUCAGUAGAAGCCCUUCAUAUUCGUCCUCCUUCUACCAUAAUGUUGGAGACCAUGUUCCAGGAUCCCAAGAUGAACAAUCAACUGGUGUCUCCCUUUAGUGGACCCAGUGGAGAUAACGGCACUUUGAAAUCAAAACUGACCAAUGAUGGCUUCCGGGCCCCACCACCGCAAGUCAUGGCCAAGCCAAAACUAGCACGCGAUCAUUUGGCCUUGGCUUUAAGUCAAGGACUGAGUUCAGAAAUACAACUUAGCCGGGAUUCUCUUCACUGUUCCAGUGGAUACAGCACACAGACAACCACCCCGUCAUGUUCAGAUGACACCAUUCCCUCUCAUGCCUUAAAGAAGGACCCCUCUCUUUUUGUUGCAGACUAUGAUUAUAUAUCACUGCAUGGAGAACAAGAAGAAACUGACAAACUGGAUUUCGACAAGUCAUCCACAAUUCCCAGAAAUAGUGACAUAAGCCAGAACUACAGGAAAAUGUUCCAGGCUAAGAGACCUGCUUCAACCGUCAGUCUAUUAGCGGAGCCUGACCCACUCGUCCGAUCACCAUACAUUGCUACCAUAAAGAGGAAGCCCUCCAACAAGCCGACAAUAAGGAGAGGCACAAUUAGUGGAGUUCCAAUUCCCAUCCGAACUCCUGUGGUGCCCAUUAAAACCCCAACUUUUCCAGAGGUUCCUGUAAGCUCAUUUGGUGAAAGGACAAACAGCGAACACUUCUCCUAUAUCCAGGAUGCUAGAUCAGAUAUGUUGCAAAUGAAACCAGGUCUUUGUUCCUCCGCUCAGAGUCUCAGCGCCAUACAAACAACAUAUUGUGCCUUUAUACCUAAGCAAUCCUACACAUAUUCUCAAAGUCUCAAUCCACAAGCUUCGAGCCCACAAAAAGUGUUUGCAAACAGUGCUGGUACAGUUCCUAGCACCCCCACCUAUGAUACAUCUGCCCCAAGCGAUGGGCAGAUUGCGAGUGGUGUAGAAAACAUGAGCGCUGGCAAUAUGGAGUCUGUCUCACAAGAUGAUAUGCUGUCAAUGAUUAGGCGCGGAGUGAGACUUAGGAAAACAAUCAGCAAUGAUAGAUCAGCACCUCAAAUCAAAUAAGGCCGUUGCUAUGGACAGCCCUAUGCAUUACACUUGCCUUUUAUUUGCUUCAGUUAAAGACAAUAUUUUUAUUAUUAUUAUAAAGACUUAAUAAGAUGUUCAUUUUUGAAUUCCCAUUGUUUUUUGCCAUUGGCUCAGCUAGCUGCCACUUACACAGGGUCUUGUUGGCUAAUCUUUUAAUUUUAGGGGAUUUUAUUUUAAUUUUUUGUGUAAAUUGUGUGCUUUUUAUUAUGUGCUAUGCUUUAGGUUUCUUUUGCUUUCAAUCAGUUUAUUUCUUUUUCAGUUCAGGCUGGUGCUUUGAUAGCAAAGUGCCUUGACCCAGGUAAAGCAGCAUAUACCUGCUUUGUCUCUGCUCAACCAGAAGUUUUUCCAGAUACAGUAUAUAGGGCAUUUGUUCAGUAAUGUCAGAAGUCCUUUAAAGGUUUUCUACAUCCAGAACCUAAACUGUAACAAGCAGUACAAAGUAAAUGCUAAUAGUUCAAUAUCUGCACCUCCUUUUUAUACUUAGUUCUAGAUUUUGCAGAGCUGGUUUCCUACAGUCUUAUUUUUAUGGAUUGGUUGCUGUGCAUGGAUGAGCAUGAGGAUCCUUCCUGAUGUGCCAUCAUUUCAUGCAAUGCCACCUUCCUCCUCCUCCAGCUCGGCUGUAUUUACCACACUCACAAUAUUGUUCUGUAACUGUGCAUUGUGAGCACUGUAGUGGCCACAUUCAUUAUACAAGGAGGCAAUGCACUGCUGCUUUUUGUAUUAUCCACAGGGAAAACCUUCAAUACUAGAAAUGGCCACUCCAGAACAUGAAACUGUUUUUGUGGAAUUCAGAUUUGCAGACUAAAUAGCUUGUUAGCUUAUGAGGCUAGUACAGUGCAUUACAGAACUUUGUUUGCACAGAGAUACUUUAUAGAACAUAAUUAUUUAUUUGAAAAAAUAGCUUUAUUUUUUAUUUAACAAAGAUGCAGGGUCUAUACAGUACUUCAAAGAUCCUCUUUAUGCAACCCACAGGGUACAUUAACAAUUGUGAGUUUCAUACAUUGAAACCGUGAAACUGAUGGCUCUAUUUUGCACUUUUUUUUCUCUUUUUUUUUUUGUGCUUGCAGUUCUUAAUGCGUUUUAAAUUAUUCACGUUUUUGGCCAUUAGAAGCAUUAAAAAAAAGUGCUGUGUAUUUAAUAUGACACGGCAAAGCUGCAUAUAAGCUGAAUAGCGUUCAGAGAGAACAUUAACUGUUAUUAGAAAGCGUAGAGCAAACUUUUGACUCUUCAGUGGUUUAGGAUAAACUUUUCACACUGUCUGACAGUUCUAUUUAGCUAGAGGGAGCAGUAUGUUACAUUGGAUAAAGAAGAAUAUGGUAACAUGAAUCCUGUAAAGACUAUGCACUAUCCCACUAUCAGUAUUGUAGUGGCAUGUUAGAGGUGAGUUGUCUGGCUGUUUGUUUGUGUGUGUAUAUGUAUGGAUAUUCUAUGAAAGGAAUGGCAUAAGUAGCAAAAUUAAUUUGGUUAUAAGGUUUUUCUUGAAGCCUGCAAUAGAGUUCUAUAAGAAUCAUUGAUCUUUGUAAAGCUGUGUACACACGGUGCGAUAUGCACUUAACUUUUCUUAUGAUUUUGACUAUAUAGUCAAAAUCGUAAGGAAAGUUAGUGCAUAUUGCACAGUGUGUACACAGCUUGCGAUCCCAAUGCCUGGUCCAGCGGUAUCGGCAUCACAAGCAAAAAUAAACUGUGCCGGCAAGUCGGUUUUGGCUAUCUUGUGUAAAAGAUAGUCAAAAUUGUCACUUAGCCAAAAUCGGUAUCGCAAGCACAGUCAUCUUUGCUUGCAAUACAGACCACAGUCCAUGUCGCAUAGUGAGAAUCUCACCGUGUGUAUGGGCCUUAAGAGUUUUUGACCAAUUAACAAACCUGGUCGGUAACUGAGAUUUGCCCCAAGAGUGUGCAUAGGAUUACAUGUUGGGAGAAUAGUCGCAUGUUAUUUCUGACCCAUUCUGACUGAUAUUUUCACAUUUUACUUAUCCACAUCGACAUUUUAUUUUGUCUGUACUGUCCAUUUUUAGAAAGUUUGGGCUAAAUUUUCAGGUGCAGCAUAUUUGCAUUGUAAUGACACGGAAUAGUAUAAACUUCAAUUAUGAACUCUUGUAUACAUAGAUUAUCCAGACAAACAUAUGUUGAAUAUACAUAGUCGCAUCUAAUUGUCACAAGGCCACACUCGAUAAAAUAUUUCUGAUACUACACAGGAACCUGCUUAUUACUUGAUACCAGCUAUAUUAGACAAUCAUGCAAAUUUGGACAGUUUAUUUGAUUUUACCAAAUAGAACAAUGUAGCAGUGGUGUUAUGAUCCCAUCCUGAACAAUCAAUAUUAGACUGUAUCCAGUCAGGUACCAUGUGACCAGUGACCCUUUAUUGUUGUCUGGGAGGUUAUCAAAGCAUUUGCCGUUAAGUUUCAUUUUUUUUCCAAUUAUAUAUACAGGCAUUUUACACAAACUUCAGAUUCAUCCACUGUUAUGAAUGCAAACCAGUCAUUUGAUAAAAGCUACAAAUUCCAGACCCCCACCUCCCAAAAAAAGAAAAACAAAUGUAGUCUAUGGGGUCUAUUCAAUGUAUGUUGGAUCCUCUCCGACGGACAGGAUCCAACAAUGCAGUAUUCAAUUUGCGGGCAAAUCAGACUGGUUUUGCCCAUUUUCAACAGUGCCAAUCCGACUUUUUUGUAAAGUCGGAUUGACAUUGUCGAAACCAGGACUAAAUCCUGUCUGAUUUGGCUGCAAAUCCGACAAAACACGUGGAUCCUCGGCUAAUCCGCUGAUCAAUAUGUUUGCCGACAAGUCAGAAUUGCCGACAAGUCAGAAAAACGGCAAGAACACUGAAUAGGUCGAAUCAUGAUUCGACCUAAAAAAGUCGGACACUGCUGUCUUUCCGACUAGACGGCAGUUCCGACUAAUUGAAUAGACCCCUACAGUUAAUCUCUGUAGUUAUGUAAUAUUUUACAUUCAAUGAAAGAAUAUUAUGCUGAUUUAGAGUGUUGCAUACUUAGGGCAGUAUCCAAUUUGCCGUGGUAAUUUACUGAGGUUAAUUACCUCCUCCGGGGAUAUCCAAUUAGCCCUGAUGCCGGCAGUUAUCAGGGAUUUUGCAGGCAAAAACAUACUUAUGAUAAGCUUCCAUUUUUUAAAACGCAUAGGCCCGUGACACUACGCAGGUCUUAUAUGUUUUCACCCAAAAAUUUAAAAUAUUUUGAGGUGGGAAAAACAGGGACUAAUUGGAUAGUCCUCAAAAAAUCUGCAGCGAAAACCCCCGGAUUUUCGUGACCGAAAACAUUUUCAUGGCUAAUUGGAUACCCCCAUAUACCCAUCUACUAACUGUUAUACACACCUUGUCAUGGAUGCCUUUUGUACAAAGAUAUGUGGUUGGCACUAUAUGGUCUUUAAAAGGAAGAGUUAUUAUAUUAUAGAAAAUUACAAUGAUUGUUCAAUCAAAAGAUGGAUGCGUUGUAAAGCAUAAAUUAAACUAGAGGUGAAUUAGUAGCUAGGUCAGAGCCUUGAGCUGAUGUACUGCUGAUCCUAUAUUCCCUUCUGAUUAUUCCAUUAUCACCUCAAUAUAGUGCAUUGUUCACACAUAUGCACUAGGAAAAUGAGUAAAAUGCAUGAAACUAAUGCAUUUUACUCUUGGUUGCACUUUUACCAAUAUGAUGUAAUGUACUGGUAGGAAUAGAUUAUAACACAUUCUAACAUUUUAAGGACAGUAUUAAAGUUAAAUAAUAUAAUGUUGGGAACAAUCCUAUUAGAAACCAUUGAUUUUAAUUGCCAAUACGUUUUUGCAGGCAUUAGUGGUUAAAACCAGCAAAUAGGUUUGACUGAGCCCUCAAGGCAUGCAUUUCUGAUUUGAAAAUGUAAGGAAUUUCCGAUAUUUACUUAUAACAUAUUGGUGAUGUUAAAAUAUUUUUUUAAAGAGUGGAGGAGUUACCUAUAGCUACCAGCUUCUACAUAUUUUACAGAAUGUACUUGAUAAAUGGUAGCUAGCAGUUAAUUGGUUGCUAUGGGUAACCUCCACUUCUCUACUCUUUAGAAGGUUUACUACAUCACCCCCAUUCUUAAAUAGUUUUAUUCGUGCUCUGCAGAAAAAGAUGCUUGUAUUGACUUUCUAGAUCACGUUCACAUUUUUAUAUUUGUAUGUUCUUUUUUGUCUUUUCUUUUUUUUCUGUUAAAUAUGUUUUCUCUGUUUAUGACUUGUAAAUAUACUUGCGACCUUGUGAUUAUCAGACUUAUUUUAAGUAUUCCUGCAUAGGGAAUAGAUUUAGUACUACUUGUUUUAUUUUGGGGUUCCAAGAAAGUUUGCUUGGAUGACAAUUACAUGAUCUACAUUAAGCUUGUUAAGAUUGUAUUUAACAGCAAAAAAAAUUGUAAAAAUACAAACAAACCGCAACACAUCUACUGUAGUUAAACUUUUUUAUUUUGAGGGCAAAGGCUAAAAAUCUUUAAACAUGGUUGUACAAAUAUUUCUUUAUAAUCUAGAGUAGAUAUCAUUUUGAUUACUUUAUAACAAAGUUUGGUAUUUCCAAAUUAGUUUUUAGAAGAUUUUCUUUUUCUUAUUUGUGAUUUGCCAUUUAAAAAAAAAAAAAAAGUAUAUAUUAAACUGUACAAAGGAAACUGAUUUUAAUUGUGCGCUUGGAAAAAUUUAAAAAUGUGCUGCAGAAAAAAAACCUAGGUAAUAUUUGUAAAGUAGGGUUUUUUUUAUAAUUAUUAUGGACUCAGCUGGUCUGGGUAUCCAUUUAAAAUAUUCAUCUAUGUUUGGGUGCUGUUUUAACUGUUUAAAUUAGAGCGUAUCGUCAGGCCAUGUCAUUACGUUUAUGCCAUCAAUUUAGUCACAAAAAAACCCCAAAUGUAGCCAGUCAGUGCAAGGCUUUCUUAAAAUACAUAUUUCCUUCCUAAUGGAGUAAACUAUUUAUUAAAAGAGAAACCCUUUUUGAAUUUAGACAACUUGGCCACAUCAUCAAAACAGAAUUCAGAAGAUACUUGUCUAAUGGGCCCUACACACUGGCCGAUAUUUUGAAAGAUAUGAACGAUCUCGUUCAUAAAUGAACGAGAUCUCGUUCAUAUCUUUCAGUGUGGAGACUUAAGCGAUGAACGAUGCGCGUCCCCGCGCUCGUUCAUCGCUGGUCUCCUGUCGGCUGUGCAUGCAGGCCAAUAUGGACGAUCUCGUCCAUAUUUGCCUGCACGUCUAUGGAGCCGGGUGACGGGGGGAGUGAAGAAGCUUCACUCCCCCCGUCACUGCCCCCCCCCGCCGCCGGGUCGCUCGUCGGCCGUAUCGGCCGUCGGGCACCUCGGCCAGUGAGUAGGGCCCAUUACAGUAUAAUAAACACUGCAUUUAAAAAUAAUUGGUGUAGAGAGCACUAUUAUAGAGACACUUAUGUAUUAAUGUAUAUUUGAACAGUAGCCAAUACAAAACCACACGAUAAUUCUCAUUUCUUUAAAUAAAGACCGCAUUGAAGUUAGCCAUUUAUUAAUAAUUCAGGAUUUGGCACAAUUACUAUCUGUUUUAAUUGGACAUUGUAAAUUGUGUAUAUUUUUGUUAUUUUGUAUGAAUGUCUUGCAAUUUUAGCUUUAAAUUAAAGAAGAUUAAAAAUGGUGUGUCUUUCUUAAAUUGCAAAUACA